GUCAGUCUUAUUUGUAACGAAAUAACGAAACGCGAUCAGCUGAUCGCGAGUGGUCCCUUUCGUUGUUACAGAGUUACUGUGACGUGCUUUAUUUUCUUUAAAAUUGCUUCCUGUUAUAUUCUUAGAAUUCUAACAUUAUUUUUAUUUUAUUAUAUGACAUUUUCUCUGAAAUAUUUUUUUUAGUUUUAUUAUAAAUAACGUUUCAUUUAUAACAAAAAAAUUGUUUUUUUUAUUAUUUUAAAAAAUGAAUAAAAAGGAAAGAGAUUAUUCUAUAUUAAAAGUCUGAUAUAAUUUUAAAACUGAAUAUCCGAAAAUUAAACUCAAUUAAAUUUUUCGAUUAGUUCAGAAAAUUUAACCUCAGUUUUUAUGUACUUAAAAAUACUUUUUUUAAAUAAUAUAGGUACUGUGAAAUAUUUUUUUUUAUAAUAAUAUUAAUAAAUUACAGAGAAUAUUAUAUAGAUAUUGUAUUUAAAUUAUAAAAAGACAUCUACAUUGGUAUAUAAUGGGUCAAGAUAAAAUAAAAAGUCCACCAAAAAUUCUGAAUGAAACAUUAAACUUUACUAAAUCUGAUAGUAUUCAAAAUAUUUCUACUAAGAGUGAACAAAGUGAUAAAAAAUAUGUGUGUAAACAUACUGGAUGUAAUGCAGCAUAUUUUAAGCAGUCUCGAUUAGACAGACAUAUAAGAUUACAUACAGGAGAAAGGCCUUAUAAAUGUGAUUAUCCUGAAUGUAUCAAAGCUUAUACUAAUUCUAGUCAUUUGAAAAGACAUAUGGAAGUGCAUAAUCCUACAAAGAAAAGAUUACAAUGUAGCAAAUGUUCUCUAAUGAUCAGUAAUUAUCAUAAUCUAAAACGUCAUUAUACACGUGUACAUAAUAAUGAUAACAUUUUAACAUGUAAUGAGUGUAAUGCAGUAUUUAGUAAAAAGCAUCAAUUAGUUCAGCAUAUUGCUGUACAUUUUGAUGUGACUUCAUACAAAUGCAGUAAAUGUAAUAAGGGAUACUUAAAUAUAAAACGAUUGAAACGUCAUGAAACAAUGCAUGAAAAAGGACAGAAAAGUUAUCCUUGUCAAAUUCUACAAUGUUCUGAAGUUUUUGAUAAAUGGGCUUUACUUUGUAAACAUAAAAAAACACACCAUAUUAAUGAUUAUAAAUGCGAUCAAUGUGAGAAAGCAUUUUCAACUAAAACUCGUUUAAAAAUCCAUUCCAAAAUUCAUGAAAAAUCUAGACUUCUAAUACCUUGUCCAUAUAAAGAUUGUAAAAGAUCGUAUUUGUUUGAAUCUAAUUUGAAAAAUCACAUAAAAACUUGUCACUUGGGUCAGAGAUUUAUUUGUGAUAUAUGUAAAGUAGGGUUAUCAUCAAAACAAAAAUUAAUAGAACAUAAGCGAAUACACGAAAGUAAAAUAAAGAAAAAAAUACCUAAACAAUCUCAACGUAGAAAAAGAAAAGAUGCUGGCAUACCUAGGAAGAGUAUGGUAACAACUCUGGCUGGAAUAGUAUUUACUCAUCAAAUAGAAAAGGAACUCUUGGAAAGGAAAACUGAUAUUGUCGAUGAUUCCUGCAUAGAUGCAAGUUGAGAUAUAUAAUAAUAAGAAAAUAAUGUGCGAUAAUAAAAAAUGACAACUUUUUAAAUAAAUCGUUGUUAUAUUAACAUAUUCUUGACAGGAAACAUGAAUCAGUACCAUGAUACCUCUCUUACUAAUUGUACUCACUAAUUUUUAAUAAAAAAUU